AUGAGCUCAGGGGACGUCGUUUGCACUGGAUGGCUCAUUAAAUCACCCCCCGAGAAGAAACUCAAGAGAUACGCAUGGCGGAAGCGCUGGUUCGUGCUGCGCAGAGGCCGCAUGAGCGGGAAUCCGGAUGUGCUGGAGUACUACAGGAACAACCAUUCCAAAAAGCCUAUUCGGAUCAUCGACCUCAACGAGUGCGAAGUGCUGAAGCACUCAGGGCCCAACUUCAUCAAGAAGGAAUUUCAGAACAACUUCGUCUUCAUUGUGAGAACUACCUACCGCACCUUCUACCUGGUAGCCAAAACUGAGGAGGAGAUGCAGAUCUGGGUGCACAACAUCAGCCAGAUCUGUAACUUCGGACAUCUGGAAGAUGGCACAGCCAGUUCGGUGGAGAGCCUGUCUCACACCACCUCGUCCCCGCAGCCAUCGCCAGCCGCCUCCACUCACGCCUCCCGCAUCGCUGAUCCCUCCUUCUCGGUCGACCACGCUGCUGCUGACGCGUCUGCCGCAGAGGAGACCCCCAGCGAGUCAGAGUCGGUCUUCCUCCCCGACUACCUCUUCCUCUCCAACUGCGAGUCGGGCAAGCUCAGCCACAACAGGUGUGACAGCUGGUCGAAUUCGGACAGAUCUCUGGAGCAAACCUCAUCGGACGAUGUUUUUGUCGACUCCUUGCAGUCCCAGCCCUCCUUGUACCUUGUACAGCCAUCCAGCGCUGGCACUGUGCACCAGGAUGGGGCCCCACUGGCAAAUCCCAGCACUGUGUCCAGGAACAUAGACAUUAGCGGGCCACCCAGUGACUUUUCCUCCUCUUCUCCACUGCUGGGGACACCACUGACACCAACCUUUCAGAUUGACAAGAGCCAAAACGCGCUGCCCUACGUGCGUGUCACCCAGCUGGACAUCCUGUCCAACACGCCCCCGCCGCGGCCACCCAAGCCAACCCACUUCUCGGACAGGAGAGGGGAUGAGGUGGGCGGCGGGGCCCUCCAGAACGGGCAUGCAGGGAUCUGCCGGGCUCAGGUCGCUCUGGUGCCCAGGAGGAUCUCCUUGUCCAGCUUAGACAACGUGAGGAACUGGAAAGCAGACAUGGAAGGCAGUUCCUUAAGAAGUCGGGAUAAGAGGCUUAGCUUGAAUUUGCCCUGUCGGUUCUCCCCGCUCUACUCGACUGCUUCUGACAGCACGGAGGACAGCUACGUGCCCAUGCGCCCCAGCACCUCUCCCUCUGCACCCAGCUCUGACUGUUCACCCGACGGCUACAUCCCCAUGAGCCCCGGCUCAGCCACAUUUACCUUCCCUGUCGUCAGCACUGAAAAACUCACCAGCCCGUUACCUGAGCUUCCCUCGGACCUGGAGCCCCCUCCGGUGAACCGAGACCUCAAGCCUCGUAGGAAACCACGGCCACCUCCUCUGGACUUGAGGAACCUCUCCACAAUCCGGGAGCAUGCUGCCGUGACCAGGAUGUGGACUGUGCCUUACAAUCGAAUGAGCUUUAUCUCACCAGAAAGAGACGGUAUUAAUUCAGCAAGAAUAUUUGCCAAUUCAGUUUCCGGAGAAGAGGAAGAAAGUUACAUUCAUAUGGAGAAGCACAGACAAGCAACAUCUCCAUACAGUGGUGCUUUUCCAUGGACAAGGAAAUCUAACCUUGAUUACUUAGCAUUGGAUUUUAAUUCUGCUUCCCCAUCCCCUGUACAGAAGAAACCUUUUCUCUCUGAGGAGCAGAGAGUGGACUAUGUCCAGGUAGAUGAACAGAAGACUCAAGCUUUACAGAAUGAAUGGACAGAUGAGAGGCAAUCAAAAGUCUAA